UUUGAAGCUUCAAGAUAUUGGAUAUGUGAUUGCCUUGGUUAGGCGUCACCGCGCAUUUCAAGGUUCCAAUGAGUUAUGGCAACCUCAGUAUCGUACAGAAGAUGUGUUAAUUGUAAGGAAAACAUAAUUAAGUCGAACUUCGAUAUACACGAGGCAUUUUGCUGUCGAAACGUGACAACGUGCCCAGAUUGUGGUGUCAGCCUUCUGAGGACACAGUUAUUGGAGCAUCACCUGGAUAAACAUAGUCAAAUUAAGUGUACCUACUGUGAAUCUUUAUUUAAAGAGUCCAGUGUUUUGGAACAUGAACUUAUAUGCCCUAGACGACUAGUGGAGUGUGUUUUCUGUAACUUGGAGGUGACCAUAGACCUAUUAGAUGACCACGAGUCAACAUGUGGUGCCAGGACGGAGCGCUGCUCAGAUUGUGGGAACUUUGUGAUGCUUAAAGACCUUAAAACUCAUCGAUGUAAGGAACCCAUAGAAUGUCUUACAAACUUACAGAAUGAUCUCGAGAAAGACUUCCGUGUGGCGUUGAACUUGCAAUAUGAAGAUUGCAUUCAAAAUGUACAUUCUGCAACAUUUCAGAAACAUGUAGAAAGUCAGAAUGACAGCUCACGUCAUAAAACAAUAGUUGGGAGGUCGUCAAAUGAGAAUGUCGUGGAUGAAUGGGAGUCAAAUUCAAUGAUACCAUGUGAAAUUUGUUAUUCCUGCUAUUCCAUAGAUAUGAUUGAUGAACAUCAAGUUUUGUGUUUAAUUGAAAAUGAUCCAUUGAUGUCGUCAACAGAAGAAAAGACAAAUGAACCCAAGGAUCCAUGUAAUGAAUUAACUACAAAUUCAAAAAUAACACCAAGCUCUUGUAGCAUUUCACAAGCAUCUGGAUCCAGUACUGUCUCAUCAAUGAUCAAUUCUAUAAAAGUACAAUCGAAUAAGUUUCCUUCUUCAUUACAACAAUUAAAAUCAACCAAUGGAAAAUCGCCUCAAUCUUCAUCGUCAUCAUUAACAGUACCACAAAACAAUACAGUCAAUAUCAAAACUUUGAAUCAUCGGCUUUGUCCUUCAAGAAGUAACAACAAUAAAAGUGCUUCAGUUACUAAUAAGAAUCAGCAUCCUUCGAAAUCAGUGCAUGAUCCUUCUAUGAACAAAUCACUUCAUUCAAAUUCAUUAUUAAAUUUACAAAAGAAGAAAAAUUGUAAUUCAUUGAAAAAACAAUAAAAAAAUCAUUCACUUAGUA